AUGGACGAGGAGCGGGGAGUAGCUGCUACUUCCCCAAAGCCUCCGGACCAUGGGGGGACCUCCAGCACUGCCCACACUACUACUACUACUACGACUACUACUACUACUACUUCAAACAGUGCUAACGCUACGACCACAGACGCCUCGCUCACACACCAUCAGAGGAAAACACCGGACAUCAAGCCCCAGAGUCCCAGUGACGAUGUGGUCCUGACGUACACAGAGCCGCUCAUCAUCAGGGCAAAUGGGCCUCAGAGAAUCCUGUGUGACGGAGACAGCCUCAUCCUCCCACACACACACAUCAGCUCGCCCAACACAACGGUCUUAUGCCAAUUUGACAUAGCGGUUGAACAUCUGGGCUUUCUGUCGCUGACGUCGACACUUGAUGAUGUCAUGGUCUUCGGCACGUCCAUGACAUCGCUCCUCCUGCUUCUGUUGCAGUGA